GUGGACAUGACAAAGGUGAAACUGGACGUCAUCAAGCCAUGGAUAACGACGAAAAUAACGCAGAUUCUUGGAAUGGAGGACGAUGUGGUGGUAGAGUUUGUUUAUAAUCAACUGGAGGAAAAGUAUAAGUAGAGACCGUUGAUGGGGGAUUCAACCCUUUAUUCCAAAUGGCAUUCGGAUGUGCUUCCGUCUCUCGCUGCAUCUCCGAGAUGUCUGUCGGUGAACGAGACGUAAUUUCAACCGGCCACCAAUCAAUGUCUUCGUCCUCGUUGAACAUAUCGCGGAGAGCGAUUCCGCGGCCAGCAUCGUCAUGCAUCACGACAUCUUCAGGUGAGAAAUGAGCCGUUGGUUCGUUUCUUUCGAGCAGCCACGAGGCAGUAUUUACUGCUGCUUAACUUCAAGAUCAUCGCCGAGUCGACGCAGAAACCCUCGUUUCGUUAACGAGGUAUCAUCUUUCUACCUCUCAACGAGUCUUGCUGAUCACAAGGGAAUACUUCAUCACAUCACCACUCCCAGGAUCGACUUGCACGAGGUGGCAUCUCACUCGAAAUGCCAAUCGACUACUGCCAUCGAGAUCGACAAAAUCUCCAACAUCGCUUCACUCCGAAUUUGGCACUUGUCAAUUCCACCGAGAGAGCCUUCCGUCGAAUAAUCUCUACCUUCCUCAACGAGAGGGGGGGAAAGCUCUUUUUCAAAAGCGCAUCUCUUCAUGCAACUCAUAAACUGUCAUCUUUCGUGACAACGCCACUCCAUUCAGAGUCCUCACCAAAUCUCCGUUGACGCUCAGUGGAGGCAACCGUUUAAGUGUGGCCUCCUUCGACUAUCGUCGAAUGACGAAACUGAUGCUACUUCUCGAAUUUCUUAGGAGGUACUGUUGAAAACGUAAUGCGUGGUAAAAACAAAGCAAACAAGUUAAAACGUUGAGCCUUCCGUUAACAAUAAAAUCGGAUGUGCUCUUUCAUCACCUGCACUUCUCGCCUUGUUUGUCCUCUAUCUCUAAUUAAUCUCUAGAGAUAUGAGAACACCCAUGUCCAAUCCAGCAGGUUGGUGAUUCACACGUAUCCUCCAAUUUAACUGGGUUCCAUUGACAUAACUACAAAUCUCACCUUUUAUCUUUACAGUAUGAAUAUGGAUAUUGAAAAACAGGGAGAGAACAAAAAAUCAAUGGCAACAUUUUAUUUUAUUAAUCGGCAAGACGCGAAGAACAACUUUAUUCGUCGUUUUAUUUAGCUCGCUCAACGCGAUUAUUUUUAUUUUCGGUGACAAUUAAUUAUUUUUCGUUUCAUUGAAUUUUCUACUUUGAAAUUUUUGUUCUCUUCACUCAUCAUCAAUAUUAGCGAACAUUCCAAUUUUUCCAUUCAGCUAGCACAACCGACUCAAUGGAUUUUUCCACUUUCGUCAGGAUGGUAAGGUAGUGACUAAGCAUAGAUUUUAAGUGAGUCUGCUUUUUUCGAGGGGGAAAAGCAGUUUGCGGGUUUUUUUUAUAUCGUCUUAUUCUUUGAAAGCGCAGACCGAGAAUCGCAACAUCGAAUUUUAUAAAUUGCGUGCAUGCCUCGUAUUUAGACAGGGCUUCGACGAGGCCUGAUUAAUCGAUGCUGAUUAUUGAUGAAUCUUUACCCCCCUCCUUUACAGUUCCCGGAUCCACGAAAAAUGCAAAUAAACCUUACCGGGUUUUUGAAUGGUCGAAAUGCUCGAUCCUUCAUGGGCGAGCUCUGGGACUUAUUAGUGUCAGCCCAGGAGAGUGUCACUGGCAUACCCGAGGCUUUCUUGCAGCAAAAAAAAGAUCAAAUAAAAAAGCGAUUGGAAGAGCAAGAAAAACUUCAGGCCUCGUUAGCUGAGAAAGAAAAGGAAAAGGAGCGAGAGAAAGAGAAGGACGAUACAGAUAAGACCAAAAAGGAGGAUAAAGAACGUGGCUCGUCGAAAGAGAGACGAAGAGAGCGAAGCCGGGAUCGGGAUCGAGACAGUUCCAGAAGUAAGCGAAGUCGAUCUCGCGAUCAUCACCGGGAACGAGAUCGUUCCGUUCGAAAACGUCGAUCAGGCUCAAGGUCACCGAGCAAAGCAUCCUCCAAGGACAACGGGAAAGAUUUGCAAGAUGUUAAAAUCGAGCGGGAAGAUUCCCCACGGGCGGAAAACGCAAUUCCUGUAAUGCCGAUAAAAACCAAACCUGAGGCUGUUGUGGCAAUCUCAAGACUGCAGGCCAAACUGAUGAGCAUUGCAGAUGGUAAGAAGAAAAAUAAUCGCUCGCCGACACCGGAGCCAGAAAAAGUAGCUAAAAAAUCUCGUUCGAAAUCGCCGGUGGGAAGCAGACCGAAGAAAUCGCGUUCGAAGUCACCAAUUGCAAAAACUCGACGUUCAUCACGUUCGCCAGUAUCAAAAAUUCGAAGAUCUCGUUCAAAGUCAAGAUCACGAAGAUCAAAAUCGAAAUCACGAAGAUCAAAAUCUCGCUCGGUAGAACGUUCCAAAAGUCGAAGAUCGAAAUCUAAGUCUCGAUCACGUUCUAAGUCUCGUUCCCGCUCGAAGAAAUCAAGGUCAAAGAGCCCUGAUCGCGGAAAAUCACGCAAGUCAAGGUCUGACUCAAGCCAUUCGCGGUCGUCAAAGUCACGCUCCAAAUCACCCGACAAGAGAAAAGAUAACGGUGAUCGUAGUAAACGAGACGCGAGCUCGAGCAGUACGUCCGACAGCGAAGAUGAAAAAGGCGGCAAGGAUAAAAAUGACUUUGAAAUAAGAAAAAAAAAAGAUGGCGUUCAAGCUAAAAGAUCGUACAGGAAAACUAACAAAGACGACAGUGGCAGUGACAGCGAUUCUAGCAGAGAGAGAAAAUCCCCGACUAAGAGACGUAGUCCAUCGCCUCGAAAGGAUCGUGAUCGAUCAAAAGACCGAGACAGGUCAAGAGAUCGCUCGCGAGAUAGGAAUCGAAGGAGAUCAUCGUUGGAUCGUGAUCGCGACCGAAGGAGAGAUCGUGAACGCGAAAGGAUUGAUCGUUACAGCGGUAGUCGUGGCAUGAGACCACCUUCAGUUCGCAGAGCACCUAAUAGGCGGAGCCCACCUCGGAGAAGUCCACUGAGAUACCGCCGUAGAUCGCAGAGUCCAGGAGAUAGACGAAGAAGGCGUUCGGCUGAUCGAAGGCGUAGAUCUUCGGAGCGACACGAUCGUCGAAGAUCGCCCGAUCGUCGAAAUAGCAGACGUCGUUCGCCCGAUGGACGCGAUCGAUCGAACAGGUACGAUAGAUCCUCGUCUCGCGAUCGAUCUAGCAGGCGUGAGCAUUCCAGAGAACGUCGAGUCGAGAAGGAGCGUCGAUCGAGAUCAAGAGAUGGCCCAUCAGUGGAGAGACACAACAAGGACGUUAACAAAUCUCCUGAACGUGCAAAGGAUAUUUCAAGGGAUAAGUCACUGCGAGACAAGGCAAAACCGAGUGACGAAAAAAUAAAAAGACCGGACGUGCCGAUUUCGCGAAAAGAAUUGCGAAACGGCAGGUCCAAGUCGAGUAGCACGGAAAGUAGCGAGAGUAGUUCCUCUAGCGAUGGGGAGCCAUCACCCAGGAAAUCCGUAGAACGAAAAAGAUCGCAGGAGAAACGUGACCUCGAAAUGGAGGAAACGAAACGUCGGGAGAAAGAUCGUUCCAACAAGGAAGAACCCGUUAUCAAACGAUCUGAAAAAGAAAUUAAAAAAGUCGUCGAAGUCACCAGUGUCAAAAAAACUGACAUCAGCGUUUCCCCAAAAAAACUUCAACCUUCGUCGAUGCCUAUUAGUAGACACAGGUUCUCCAAGAGUUUGUCCCGCACACCAUCACCUUUCAAAAAGACCGAGGAUAUCCUCGCUGUUGCCAAAGCGAAAAUGCUGACUCUUAAAGAAAGCAAAGAAGUUUCGCCAAAAACUACAUUGAUGGCUUCAAUCGAUUCUUUCCAACUGAAAAAGGAUGACAGACUCGUAAGGACAAAAGAAGCAGUUAAAUCGUUGCCAGAAGAGAAAAAAGUUGUCCAAAAAGCAAUUGAACCGUCAAGCGUCAAGAGACCAAUCGAAGUGAAAAAAUCACGAAGAGAUAAACGGGACGAAUCAACGGAUUCUGAGGACAGCGAACCCGAAUCCAGAAAAAAAUCACGUAAAAGUGAGAAACUACGAAAAUCCCGCAAACCUUCGUCGGACAAUGAGAAAUCUGACAGAAGCAAGGCAGCUAGCAGUUCUGAUUCGGAUGACGAUCGAAAACACGCGGAAAAGGUUAAACGUUCCCGUGACACGAGUCGAGCUACCUCAGAUUCGGUUGAAGAUCGUAGUAAAGACCGAAAGGAUCAAAAGAAGCGAGAGAUUAACGAGAGCGAGCUCCGCAAACGAUCCCGAAAAGAUGGAGAAGAGGAAGCGAAGAAAGUAAAACGUUCGAGAAAGGACUCGACAUCGGGCGAGGAAGAACAAAAAACAAAAAAAACUAAUAAGAACGAAGAUGACAAGCCAAGGUCAAGAAAACAAAAGAAGGACUCGAGUUCCGACGAAGAACCCAAAAAAUCGCGUAAACGUCGCGAUAGCUCCUCCGACGAGGAGAAAACUAAAGUUCGUAAAUCGCGAAAAGGUUCAACGAGUGAUGACGAAGGGCGUCCAAAGGCUAAAAAACCCAAGAAAGAUUCUAGCUCGGAUGAGGACGAGGUGGUUGAAAAAGAAGCGAAGAAGAAAAGGAAACCGGAAGAAAGUAGCGAUGAAGAAAAAAUAAAAAAGAAGCGCAAGAAAAAAACUAAAACCAGUACGAGCGAAUCAGAGGAAAGCGAAAUCGAAGAGAAGAAAAAGAAGAAGGACAAGAAGCACAAGAAGCAUAAGAAACACAAGAAGCAUAGGAAGCACAAAAAGAAGAAGGUCGCAGACUCCGAAGAAUCGGACGUUAGCGAGGGCAACACCGAAGAAUUGGAGAAGAAACUUCGAGAGAAAGCAUUAAAAUCUAUGAAAAAGGGACACAGCAUUGAACGAAGUGACUGAGGUUAACAUGAAAAAAAAAAUAUUAUAUAAAAACGUAUUUAUAUAUUUUUUUUUUUCGUUUUGUACUCGAGCCACUAUCUCACGCGUAACCUCAGAGGGUAUUCUUGCACUAACGAUAAAAGUUCCACGAGAACGAGAUUGGUGUUUUUACCUGCUAAGCUGUAUUUCAAAUGUAUCACGUGAAUAGUUUAUUACUCGAGGAUACAUUUCUGUUUGUUUCCUCGAUCUCAGUGUUGGACGAAUAACAAAAAUAAGAAAAUUUGAAAAGCAAAGUAUAUCCAAUUUAAUUUAGUGAAAAAAAAAAACAGUUAACGGACGCUCGAUUUUUUAAAAUGUGCUUCAAACCUCCCGAGAAUAUCAUUUAUUUUUCCAUCAGUAUAAUCGACAACCAAGUGUUGAAAUGUUUUGAUAAUCCAUCGAGCGGUAAUCGACUUCAGUCUAUUAAAAUCAGGAAAAUAAUUAUUUUAUGGAUUGGUACUGACUUGUAUCAAACUUCAUGAACUCUCCGACCCCGAGCCCCCUUGCCCUUCCUUAUCAGUUUAGAUUGCAAUGCUUCAUUUCUAUAAUCAUCUAUGUAUCGAAUUUUCAAUGCAGACUAUUGCUCUGAGUGAAUAUUGGUGAAUAUAUGAUUUGGAAGACAAAAAAAAACAAAACUGGCAUCAUGUUUUUGCACGUAUUAUGAAUUAACUACUAUUCAUGUACUACUUUAAUUGACAAAAUCCCAACGUAUAUUAGAAAUAAAGUGUUUUAUUAUUUACAGACUA